GACUUCCUGUUCCUCUACAUUGUUUUGUUCGCUCCUCGGGAUUGCUGCUCAUCUCACACAUCCACAGGAGGCUGAGCAUCAGGGCCCUGAGUGAACACACAACAAGAGGACCAAAAGGCCAAAGGGCGUUGAAAAUGGGUGAGGACAACAUGGAAGGAGAGCUGCGUGAUGACUCUGUGAAUGAAGUUGAUCUGCAUGCAAGUAUAAAACGGCAUGUUCAAGGAUCGUGUGAUAUUUGCCUGGACAGUGUCCACGGCGCUGUGAAACACUGCCAGACUUGCAGCACCUCCCUCUGCCAGAGCCACCUGGCCGAGCACAACCAGGCACCGGCCACGUCCGCACACGUGCUGGCUCACCCCGCACGCACACCCAGAGUGCAGGAUGCUGCAGCGCCCCCACCUGCAGUAGCUCCAGUAAAUGCAGGCGUGUCCUGGUCGUGGCUGCUCGUGAUGGUCUUGGCAGCGCUAGUGGCAGCAAUAAUACCCAACUAUGUUAAUAGAGAUGCCGUUCAGCCGAUUCCAGUGGAGCUCAUGUCGGAGUCGGAGGCGUCCGACCUGCGUGCGUGCUGCCAGAGGGUGCACCUGUCGGCGGAGGACCAGAAGCGCAGCAUGGCCGAGCUGAUGUGUCACCUGCAGGGCAACCUCCAGGAGAAGAAGCGCGCGCUGCACGCGCACGUCCAGCAGCAGCGGCGCGCCGCGGAGGAGGCCUGCCUGGACGCGGCCGUGGCGCCCUACAGGGACGUCGUCAUGACCAUCGUGGAGCGCAGCCAUAGCGCGGUGCUGGCCCACCUGGACACCAUGAAGAACGACAUCGAGGGAGACCUGGACUGGUGCAGCGAGGUGCCCUCGGCCCUCGAGUUGCCCAGCGCGACCUACGCUGCCUAACAAAAAAAUGGCGAUUCGAUAUUUGUAUAUCUGAAUUUCAACUCUUCAUUUUCCUCGUGUGUCUAUAGGAGCAAUACUGUUGGACAAAGAAGAGAUCUGAUUUGAAUUGUCCUGUCCUCCAGGCUGUGUGGUAACCGCAUGGUCUAGUCCAUGCUGGAGUACCCAGAGGAAAGGAGAACUCUUUGUCUCGUCUAUUUCAUCUAGACACAGUUGAGCUCAAUUUCACACCAGUGUAAGAUGUUGACCAUUGCCUUGUGUCUCUUCAUUUCAUCUCCUGAGAAAUAGCUUUGCGUCUAGUAAAGUUGAGAUCUCACCUGUUUCUGUUGGACCCUUGCGAGAAAUAAGGCGAGAUAAGAAUAGAUUGAGAAGAAAAACAAAGUAUUUUGGAGAUCUUCAGCUGAACUUAAGUCCCAGCUGAGGGCUAUUUCCCAGCUAUUUCCCAGCUUAGGGCUAUUUCCCAGCUGAGGGCAAUUUCCUAUUUCCCAGCUGAGGGAUAUUUCCCAUCUGAGGGAUAUUUCCCAGCUGAGGGCUAUUUCCCAGCUUAGGGCUAUUUCCCAGCUGAGGGAUAUUUCCCAGCUGAGGGCUAUUUCCCAGCUGAGGGCUAUUUCCUAUUUCCCAGCUGACAGCUUACAGCUUCCUUUUGCAGCUAAAGGAGAUUUAGGUCAGAAUUCAGAGCUGAUAUAUUUUUGAUUUGGCAUGCACGUCAUUGUAUGGUAUACUGUUUGCUAUAACUGUUUUCAUUAUGGUAUGGAGAUGCCAUUGUGACUCAUAAAUGGACUGGAUUUCAGUCGUGUAUUUGUGCACAUUUAAUAAACUUUUGGCCCCCUGUGCUUUCAUAAA